AUGAAUGGGGGAGACAUCAAGAAGGCCGUGAUUAACAAGGGAAAACAGAUGGCGAGCGUUGCCUCUGCCGCCGCAAAUGGCAACGGCGGCAAAAAGAGGAGGAAGGGUACUGAUCUCAAGCCUAUUGUGACAAACGAGAAUCCUGCCAUUGCUGACUCGUCUGUAGCCAGCACUUCCAGCCAAGGCGUCCCGGUCGCAUCCCCGCUAUCCCACCAAAAGGCCGCGCCGCUUUCGCGUUCUGAGUCGUCCUCAUCUGGAGAGGAGCAAGAAACUACAGCUGAUGAGGAGGAUUCAGAGGAUUACUGCAAAGGUGGUUACCAUCCUGUUCACGUCGGAGAGACCUACAACAACGGCCGGUACGUUGUCGUACGGAAGCUGGGAUGGGGUCACUUCUCAACUGUCUGGUUGUCGCGCGACACUACCAAUGGCAAGCAUGUCGCAUUAAAGGUUGUGCGGUCCGCCGCCCACUACACCGAGACCGCCAUCGAUGAAAUCAAGCUGCUCACCAAGAUCGUCCAAGCCAACCCUGGCCAUCCAGGUCGGAAACAUGUCGUCAGUCUGUUAGAUUCGUUCGAGCACAAGGGACCCAACGGUGUUCAUGUCUGCAUGGUGUUUGAAGUGCUAGGCGAGAAUUUACUAGGCUUGAUCAAACGUUGGAAUCAUCGGGGUAUCCCCAUGCCGUUGGUCAAACAGAUUACAAAACAGGUUCUGCUAGGACUGGACUAUCUGCACCGAGAAUGUGGCAUCAUUCAUACCGAUCUGAAACCGGAAAACGUGUUGAUAGAGAUUGGAGACGUCGAGCAGAUUGUUCAGACGUACGUGAAGGAUGAUCCCAAGACCGACAAAGACAAAGACGAUAAUCGCAAUGGCCGUCGGCGGAGACGCACUCUUAUAACAGGCAGUCAGCCACUUCCGAGUCCGCUACACACGAGCUUCAGUCAUAUGGAUCUAUUCAAGUCUAGUAGCUCUCAUAGCAGUCUGAACCAGAUGUUAAGCGAGGGAGAUAAUUCGAAGCCUGCGGUAUCAAUGAAAGAUGUUCUGGGCAUCAAGGACAACAUCCCCACCAUUCCAGAGGAUGAUAUGCAAAAGCAACGCGAGAAGACGGCAGACUUGUUGGAGAAGGAAGUCUCUAGUAUUUCUUUAGAUAAGAGCCCUUCGGAUUCCCCACCCAAGGACAUAGGCGAUAUCAUCUCGGUCAAGAUUGCGGAUCUAGGAAAUGCAUGCUGGGUCGGCCAUCAUUUCACAAAUGAUAUUCAGACGCGACAAUAUAGGUCACCGGAAGUUAUCCUAGGUGCAAAGUGGGGGGCCAGUACAGAUGUUUGGAGUAUGGCUUGCAUGAUUUUUGAAUUAAUCACUGGAGACUACCUGUUCGACCCCCAGUCCGGUACCAAGUACGGGAAAGACGAUGACCACAUUGCCCAAAUCAUCGAGCUGCUAGGACCGUUCCCCCGAUCUCUAUGUCUUUCAGGGAAAUGGUCACAAGAGAUAUUCAACCGCAGGGGAGAACUGCGCAACAUCCACCGUCUCCGGCACUGGGCAUUGCCGGAUGUACUACGUGAGAAAUAUCAUUUCACGGUGGAAGAAGGCAAACGAAUCAGCGACUUCUUACUCCCGAUGCUUGAGCUAUUACCAGAAGACCGAGCGAAUGCAGGAGGUAUGUCGAGCCACGACUUCGUCAAAGAAACGCCAGGCAUGAGCAAUGUUGAUCUGGACAUAUCGCCUGGCACGCGCGGAGAGAAUAUUGACGGCUGGGCGUCGGAAGUUAAGAAACGAUAA